GCAUCGUGGUUAGAACUGAGAAACAAAGAGAUUGAAAGAUGAAGACCUCCGUGGCUGUGUUGACUUUCUCCCUCUUCUACCUUAGUCUGGCUGAGGAGCAUCAACGGGACCACAAUGAUCCAGAAAGCAAGAGCACACAGAUUCCAGGCAUAAUCCGUUCAUCUAACAUAACAGGGAGCAAGGAGAGCCCCAGCCAACUUUUUGCCAUUUUAAGGGAAUUAGAGUCCAAACUGAGAAACACUGAGAAACAAAUAGAGGAUCUGAGGAAAGAAGUCCAAGGAAAUCGGGUGGCGUUUGGAGCAGCAAUGGGCGAUGUUAGAAAUGUUGGACCAUUUAACGUUGACACGACACUGAUCUACAAGAAGGUCUUCUUCAACACAGGCGCAUACAAACCUGCGACAGGUAUUUUCACUGCUCCAGUCAAAGGAGUUUAUUACUUCAGCUUCACUGGCCAUAAUCUAUCAACCAGAGACAUGGGGCUGAGACUGAUGAAGAACGGAGAGCUGAUGGCUUUUGUACACAACUACCCAGCUGGAAACCGCUUCGAGACAGCAACCAAUGGAAUGACUCUACAGCUUGAAGUGGGAGACCAGGUGUACAUAAGACUCCGUCAAGGCACCUGGGUUCAUGAUAAUCCCGAUGGCCUCAGCACCUUCAAUGGUCAUUUGUUAUUCCCUUUGCAAUGAUUGUGGUUGCUAUCUAACAUGAUGAAAGAAGGCUCCACAUUUUCCACACUUAUAAAUCCAGAAUAACAAUUGCCUAUAAGUGAUCAAUCACUGUGAUGUGGGUACUUUGAUAACCGUCAAUCAAUUGAUUUUAUGUUUGCCAUUAUGUGACGUUAUUAUUAAAAUUACGUUUAAAAUCUGCA